AUGACAUCCAAGCCCCGUAUUCUCUGCGCCUUCGGUAUCGACGUCGACGCCGUGGCCGGCUGGCUCGGCUCGUACGGCGGCGAAGACAGCGCGUCCGACGUCUCGCGCGGCCUGUUCGCUGGCGAAGUCGGUAUCCUGCGUUUACUGCGGCUCUUCGAAAAGUUCCAGAUGAAGACAACGUGGUUCGUCCCCGGCCAUAGUCUCGAUACGUUCCCGGACGAAAUGGCCCAGGUCCGCGAUGCGGGGCAUGAGAUCGGCCUGCAUGGAUACUCGCACGAGAACCCGACCUCGCUCUCGGUCGAGCAGCAGAAGGUUAUUCUCGACCAUACGUUCGACCAGAUUACAAAGUUCUGGGGCAGGCCGCCGAUGGGGUCGGUCGCGCCGUGGUGGGAGGUCAGUAAGGAGGGCGGCGAGCUGCUCCUCGACAAGGGCAUCAUAUAUGACCACUCGUUCAUGCACCGCGACAGCCAGGCAUACUACCUCCGCAUCGGGGACGACUGGAAGAAGAUCGACUACGACAAGCACCCCAGCACGUGGAUGGAGCCCGUGCAGCGCGGCGAGACGACGGGCAUGGUGGAAAUCCCCGUGAACUGGGACCUCGACGACCUCCCGCCCAUGAUGUUCAUGAAGAGCGCAGGCAACACGCACGGAUUCGUCGACGUGCGCUCAAUCGAGACAAAGUGGAUGGACCACUUUACUUACCUGUACGAGAAUGAGCGCGACACCGGAUUCUGCCUCCCCCUGACUGUGCACCCAGACGUGUCGGGACGUCCUCACGUCCUCAAGAUGCUCGAGCGCUUCAUUGCCUGGGUCAACACCCACGACGGCGUCGAGUGGGUCACGUAUGCCGAGAUCGCCGACGACUUCCGCCGCCGCAACCCCGCUCCCAAGGGUGCUCGCAUGCCCAAGGGCUUCACGCCGCCCACCUAG